AAACAACCUUUGGUUUUAUAAACAUAAAUUAUUAUCCAUAUUGUGUUUUGGAAGUGGAAUUAUUACAGCAUUAACCUGAACGCCGAAUCUCCUAUACCAUAAAAGGAUAUCUCCGAGCAUUGUAGGCGACGCGUAGUUCCAUCGGUGUUCUUGGGGAAGCAUGUCAUGGAUGCGAAUUCGGAAAUAUUACACUUCUCAAGACUCCAAUUGCCGUACAGCUGCUCCAUUAGUGUUAGAACUGAAUUCGGUAACAACAUUAUUUUAGUGAUACAAAUAGUAUCGGAGCUUAGCAUAGCAAAAUCGUGCGGGCCAAAUCACAACCAAUUACACAUAUACGAAUUGGGCGAGACGUUUGGCGGCUACUGGGGUGCGUUCCCCGAUGACAUAUUCAAUGUUAAACCUGAAAAUUAUACGAAAUUUUAUACAUUGAAAACUACACCGAAGACUGUUGAAACCAGUCCAGUAUAUACAGAAGAGGAGACGGAAGAAACUACACAGACAAUAUAUCACAAACAAAAGACAUCGACACAGAGAGAUUUUGUUAGAUUCGAAGUCCCGUUAUUAAAUGUCUCUGGUGAUUUUGGGUUUGAUGAAGUGGCGAAUAAGAAUCAGGACAUGGAAGAACUCCUUGAUUUGAUAUAUGACGUCGCUCCUCGAAAUCGUGGUACUUACGAUACGAGUGUAUACCCAUUAGUCGAGUUUUCCAUUGAAAAACAAGAGAAACAAAAUGACGGACGUAGAUAUAAUCUUGUCUAUGGGAGUGAAUACACACCAGACUCUAGAAUAACCUUCAGUACAUUACACAAGAGGAAGGAAACAAAAAGGUAUACAAUGACACGAAGAUUGAACUUCAGACGAAAGAAUACAGCAUCAAUUCGCAGUAAACAUCUUUUUUCACCUCAACGAUUUUCCGCAUUGUCUCCUACAAAACCAUUACCAACAGUUCCUGAAGAUGUACUAUCGAUUAUAUACAAUAAUUCAUGGAAUAUUAUUGAUCGGCUAAUGGCGUCUUUAAAUACGACAAUAGCCACGCAAUUUACAAAAAAUAUUCAUUCUAUUUCUACAAAUUCAUACACUGGAAAAAUGGAAACUGGAACAAUGCAUACCAAAAAAAGCCAAACAAAUGAAUCAAGAACAGAACCCUUUGCCAAUUUUGAUGAUGAAGUCAAGGUUUUCUUUACAAAACCAGUUAGUGAUCCUGGAACCGGUUCGUUGCUGAAUCGAAAAACAUUUGAAAACGUCGUACAAGCUGCACCGAUUAUCGCUGUGUUAUUGAACAAUACAAAUAACGAUUCUAAAUCCAGAAACAAACGCUACAUAAAAUCCUUGGACAUUGAGAAUGCAAGACCGAGAAGCACGACACACAAAUCAAUAACUGAAACAACGGAAAAGAUCUACAAAUAUUCCAACAUGCAGGAUUUGGCACAGUUGGUGGAACUUCAGGAUGAUGAACUCCAAGGGCGUGUGUCUCUUCGAUAUUUAAGAAAAUAUGUUGGCCCAGCAUUAUUUAACAUUUGCGAUUAUCACGAGCCGAAAACACGGCAAGUUUACUUAUUUAAUGCGUCGAGGAUUGUCAUUGCUAUUAGCAAUUUUACGCUGGAAAGGAUGACCCUGGUGGUGACACCAGCUCGUUCACUGCUAAACACUGUAGGGCGUUGCCCGCCGGCCCAUCUGGAGUGUCAAGUUGCUGGUACAAGGGUGUGUAUAGACUCAACCAACGAGUGCGAUGGGGUACCUAAUUGUGGGGCUUACGAUAUAUAUGAUGAGGACCGUCUCCAAUGUGGAUGGUCACACGGCCUUCAGCAUAACGUCUGCCUGGCUGCCUGCACAUUCGUGGCUGUAAUUUUGACACUUCUAUAUAUGGUCCACUACUGGCUGAAGCGAUGUGUUCCCAGGGUGUCACAGGCAUUCUUCAUCUACUCCGACGCAUCUGAAAACAUCCUUUAUUUGGACACAGUCAUGAGAUCUCCGAAUGACACCACCGAUGAUUACUCCAAACUGUUCUAUCAAGCCAAUAUUUUUGAUGAUGAUGAUGAUGUCUUGAAAGAAAAUGAUACAUCUCUAUGCACUAGAAUUGGCGCAUUCCUUUUUGGAUGUUUACGCAAGAAAAAAGCGGACAAUUAUUCGGAUGAAGCAUUUGCGGAGAUUGAACAGUUAGCGAAUGUCCCGAGAAAAUUGUAUUCGUUCACUGAAUUAGAGCUUCGUAACAUCGCACCGGUGAUAAGAGACGCUGGUGUGCAGACUGGCAGCAGUUUGGAAAUCUCGAAAACAGAAACGUCAGUGAAACAAAAGACGAACGCCAGUAUAGAUAUGUCAGAAAAACAAAAGAAGACCACCUUGGAAAUGCGUAAUGAUCCAAUAAAACAAAAGACGAACGAACCGAGAAGGAACAGUGAACUGAACCUCCUUCAACUAAUAAGAAAUCUAAAAAUUUCAGACUCCGAUUCAAGUAAUAAAGCAGAAACGGAAAUAAAUAAUACAGUGUAUGAAAAACCUGUUGAAGCUUAUAAAAUAUCUAAUGAAACCAAAGAUAAACAUUUGAGAUUUGAUGAAGAUAUUGUCACAAUACCAAGGAACGAUAGUCCAGAAAUCUCUGAACAUACAAUAGAAGAUGAAAAAGCUAGCACGAGCAAGGAGUUUAGGAGUUUUUGGCGAUCGGGAAAGAAGAAACAAAAGAAAUCCCAUCUUGCUUUACGAUGAUUUUAGUUUUAUUUGAACCACAACACAUUGUUAUAUAAUAAAUAGACGUAUAUAUACAAAAAAGAGCAUAAGCACCAAUUA